AUGGCAGACGCGGACCUCGCUACGGUCUGGCACUUGCUCGAGAUCACAGGCAUCAUCCAGUCCGUGCUUUGCGCGCUGUUCGGCGUCUACACGCUUCUCUUCGUCCUCGCGCUGUGGGCAAAUCAUGGCCGGCGGGGCGUGGCUUCGCGCAGACUGCGGGCCGUCACAAUUGCUCUAUACGUCAACCUUUGCGCACACUUCGUCGCGCGGUCCCUCCAGUUCGACCGCGCGAGGAUCAUGAACCCUCCUGACAACGAGUUCUUCAAAUGGGGGAUUCCCUUGAUUGUGAUUGGAAAGCGAGUGCUCUACUUUGACACGGAUCCUCGAGCGCUGACGGCGGGACUCUGUUCUGACGGAUUGCUGGCGUGGCGAUUUUAUACCAUAUUCGAUCGGAAAAAAUGGGGCCUUUACAUCCCAAUGACUUUCGUUGUCAUCAACGCUCUGCUGUGUUGGUCUUCCGACGCGCAACAUCUGGCAGCGUAUUAUCACUACGAACUUUACGAGGACGUGCUCCUCCCCGUCACGCUUCAAAUCACUAUGGCCUGGGGAUGGCUGAUGUUCGCCAUCAACACUAUCUUGACCACUGCCAUCGUUGUCAAGAUUUUCUACAUCGCGCGCAUGAGCCGACAGAUGAAGCUCUACAAGACCGUGCUGCUCGCCUGCGUCGAGUCCGCGAUAGUGACAUGGGUCGGUCUGCUGCUGUACGAGAUCUGCUCGCUCGCGCCGAACGGGCACAUCGUCGUGAGUCUCCGUCCCGACCGCCGCUCGCUACCCCCGCCGCAACGCCUAUCUGACACGCCCGUGGUCUCCGCGCAGACGAACUACGACGUCGGCUACGUCAUGGCGUCCGUGAUCCCCGACUUCUUCGGGAUCUCGCAGUGCCUCAUCGUCGUCCGCGUCGCGCUCUCCAACGAGUUCAGCGCCCGCGCGCCGCCGUCGAGCCGCACGAUCUCCUUCGUGGUCCCGUCCCAGCUCUUCAGCACCACGCAGAACAAGUGCGACGGCUCGACCGCGUAUGCGGAGACGGAGGCGGAGGCGUGCCCGGAGCAGCACACGCUGCAGCCAGUAACUCGCUCUGAGACAGAUUACGGGCCAGUCUAG